AAACAAUCAAGUACAGAAACAGUUUGAAACUUGAGUUUAGAGGCAGCAAUUAUUCAAUCAAUGAAAGUGUUUGCCAAUUUCUCUCGUGCAUAUAGCCAGGCAGCCGCGUGGACUCCCUUGCUUCAACUCCAACGCCUUUCACGACAACACAAAGAAAUCAAACCGUAACUGAAGUAGACCCUUUUUACUUCGGAAUAUAUCCGACGGCAAACAAUACACCUACUGUCAAAUACACCUUCUACCACUCCGGUUGGUUUUGAGAGAACAAAUAGCUGGAGCCUCGUGGGUAUGUUCAGUGAGAUCGAAACUCCAGCCGUGUAACCUCACCUCGACAGCCUUACAAACUACACCUCAACCACAACAGUGGCGCUUUACCUGUUGUCAAUACGACAUCACAACUCUUUGUGCCUGUUUUUCCAACACUUCACAACCUCAAAACUUCUCUGAUUAACCAUACGUUUUCAGAUCACCACCUUCUUUACACAAAACACCUUGUUUACCUAUCAACACUACAUCGCCAGCCAUGGUGCGAAAGCGCAUUGCCAAACCUGCGAUCCCUCCGCCAGUUGCCCCUUCCCCCAACCAAGAUCCUCAGAUCGAAGCCUUGGCGACCUUCUCAGAUACUGAUAGUCCUCUACGCGAACCUAUUCAAGCGACAGGCCCUCCAGCAACUAUGCCAACAUUCGUCCACCAAGGUCUACCUCAGGAUGUUUACAAUGUGCGAUCUAAGGAGGAGCGUGGCGAGAGCCGAGACUUGGUAUAUCGUUUUCAGAACACGCAACAAGAUAUGAAGACCUUUUUGCGCGAGCUCCAAGAAGAAGAAGAACGCUUGCGGAAGAGAAUCGAUUCGAAGAAGGCUCCUGUGCCAGUGAGUAAAUUUGAGCAAGCGGAGGGGUUGGAGAGGAAUCACGACAAGUUCCACGAGACCCAGGUCCUGAACGAUCUAAAGAAGAGAAUUGGUGCACUUACAGGCCAUAUUUCCAAUGAUGAAUUAAGCAAACUUCAUGCCAAGUUGCGGAGCAUUAUGGAACAAAUGAAAGUUACGCCUCUGAAUACCAAAGUCUUUCUGACCCACCCAGAUGGCUCGCCCAACAAAAAUGCAUUUGAAGAGGAAGCUGCUGUACAGAAGAUGCUGCAGGAAAUUCGCGAUCUUCAGGCGAACGUUUUACUUUGGGCAAAAACGGUUACCAAAGCCAAAGAACCGGCGAAGGAUGCCCGAGAGCCGGCAGAGGAGGCUAAAGAACCAGUGAGAGAAAAGAGUGACGAGGUUGAAUGGGACACCGAAGACGCUAUCCCCAAGACUGAGCCUCUUAGAAUCCGCUCUGGCCAGAGCUAUGAGUCGAUAUUGAUGCCGCCCAUGGAUACGCAGGGUCCAAAUUUGACUGCAAAUACCAAUAAUAGCUCUCCACAUACCAGAGAUGUCACCACAGAUGCCAUAUCGGUAUCCGAACCCGAUGUGAAAAGCGAACUCGAAGUGAAAAGUGAGAGGCAACAACUGGCGAUUCAGGACUUCGGAACGACUGGACGUGAGAACAUGGUCGAUGCUGUCCCGGUACCUUUACCCGCCGCCAACCCCGUCAUGUAUUCCGAUGUUUCUCAUUCCGGAAAGAACAUCGCCCUCUGGGUUGCCUUCUGGAGCGGCGACAAAAGUACUUGGGACCCUUUGCACGAGUAUCUGAUCGGAUUCCCAAAGUCGGCACGCGAUGGCGUAUGGGAAGAACAAAUGAGCUGGCUUAGAAAGGGCACAAGUGAUCCGGCUUUACCAGAUGUAUGGGUUCCCAAGCCAUUGGAUGGAGCAGCACGCUCCACUUCAAAACAGAUAGACAAGUUGGACUUGUCUCUAAGAAAGGAGAUGGUCAAUAAACAGAACAUGAAAGCAGCAGUUAAUAGCGAGCAACUCUCCAAGAAGCUCGACGUGCUCCAGAAACCGCUUCAACCUUUGGGCAACGUGGACAUCCCCCGCCAGAAAGCUGUUCGUAAUGGCCCCGCCCAAAAGCCCAACGUCCGUGCUGUUAUUCCAACUACCCAAGGCCCACGGGGUUUUGCUCGAGAUUUCUACGACCCAACAAGAGACGAGCGCCAGUUAGCGCAACAUGACACUGCGCAGCGCGAGGAUCAGCUACAGAAGCGCUCGGGCCACCUGCUCGAGCUAGGUAGCUCGCUGCUACGCCGCGAGAUGCAGCAACACGAGACCGAUGUGGCGUUAAAUCGGCGCGAGAAGGAGCAACGGGAGCUCGCUGAGCUAUUACAAAAGCGCGAGCAGAACCUAAAGAAUAGCGAGCUGGAGUGGGAGAAGCACCAGAACCAGCGACAGGCGGCCGAGGGGCUGCUGAAGCAGCGUGAAGAGCAUUUGCACAAGCGCGAGAAGCAGCGACAGGAGAUCGAUGGGCUGCUACAGAAGCUUGAGAAUAAGUUACAGGAGCGUGAGUUACAGUUGGCGGAGCGUGAGCACAGUGUGCAAACCCGCGAGGUCGAGUGGGAGAAGUACCAAGAACAACGACAGGAGAUUGAAAGGCUGUUGCAACAGCGCGAGGAGCAGUUACAAAGGCGUGAAGACCAACUGCAGACUCGUGAGAGCCUGCUACAGACUCGUGAAGAUCAGUCACUAAAACGUGAGGACAACCAGUUGACCCGCGAGACACUGUUGCAGCGCCACGAGGGUGAUAUGGAAGCUAGAAUAACCAUAACGAAGCAGGAAGCUACGGAAUUGCAGGAAAAGUUGGAGCAGCUGACCAAUGCGCGCGAAGAGCUGAAAAGGGAUACCGCGAAGCAAAAUUAUGAUAUAGGAACGCGCAUCCAGCUAGUCGGGAAACGAGAGGUAGCAGUGGCAUCUCGCGAAAAAUGCCUGGAGCAGCUCAGGAUGAGUCUGCACAACCAGUAUAAGGUGUUGAUGGAUGAACCGGAAAAGGCCUUUGCUGAUCGGGGCGGGUCAUCGACAGGGGAUUGGCCGAGUGUGCUCGAGCUGGCGGUGCAGGUCAAGAUGUACGUUGAAGCCAAGGUUCUGCAUUGGAACCAAAAUGAGACCCAAUUGGCGGAUCUUAAUAAGAUGGCUGUGGAGAUCGAGGAGGAGGCCAAGAGGGUAAUUUUCGGUGGCAGAGAGAUUAAGCUCUCAGAUGUUAAGAAGGUGACUGCAGUUCUUACGGCGAAUGACGAGAGGGACGCUGUAGUCCGUAUAGAGGCGAAGAACAAAUUUACCGGUAUUCAGGAGUGGAACGGAUGGCACGGAAAUACUUCUGCAGCCACUUCAACGAAGGACGAUGAGUCCACCGCAUGGAGCAUGUUUAAGACUGAGGAGCCUUUACCCUCCACUCUUGUCGAUGAUUGCUCUGGUAAAUGGGGAUGCGCAUGUACGUCGUGUCGCGAGCGAGACAAUAUCUGGAACAUCCACAUGCAGUCCUCUGACAAGAAUGGCGCCGGGAAACGAUGCAAAUGCAACGGAGGCUUGGGAUGUGACGGGCGUCAGGGUUGCGAAGUUUAUGGUGACGAGAACGCGAAGGCGGCCCCUCCUCAUUGUUUCGGGCUCGGCACUGGGGAGUGGGGCUGCACAUGUGGACUGUGUAGGGUUGAAGCUGAGAAGCGCGCCGCUCCCUCUUCAGCCAAGAAUACUCCCUGGAAUUGGGAUACUGGGGAUUGGUGAUGCGAAUAUGACACUGGACGCAAACACCGAACUGACGACGACGAAACCAAGCGAUUUCUAAAAUGGCAUUCUUAAGAGCCCGAGCAACAACGCGAUGAGGACAUAGCCUAGACAACUUGAAUAUCCUCAAGAACUCGAGCACCUUCGUCUGAUCUCUUCACUUUAUCACGCCCGUCCACGCAACAUCUCUGUUCUUUCUGUUCUUUUAUUUUUUUCUUCGCAACGACGAAACAUGUGCAUUUCACGACCUAUUUUUUCUUUCCUCGGGCGUCACCAACAGUGCGGCGUAACCAACAGCGCGGCGUAACAUCUUCAAACAUGAGAUGCCGGGAUGCCUUUUAUGAUCAGUCACGAUUUCCAUCUUCUUCUUCUCCUUCACUCGGCGUCAGCGCAGUGGCAUGAUCCAACACUUUCAUGGGCGGCAGAAGGACGGAAUGAGCCGGACGACGUUACACCUGCCUGCUUAUUUAGCUAGUUAUUGCGCACAGCAUUUGCCCAUAAGGCGGGAAGGAUGAAUUGACUUUCUCACCCUCUAUGCAUCCACCAUCUGAUCCUGCGAUCUCGGCCAGCCUGUCACCUAGGCAGCCAAGUGUCGUGCAUUGGUACCCAUCAUAAACCACCAAAACCCACCUAGCAAACCAUUAAAACCCCUUCUCCAUGCCGUGAAACACAUAGAAGGAUGAAAUUAACCUCCCUCCCUCCCUCCUUCCGGUCCUACAAUCUCGGUAUUUGAACGGUCCAGGCCGGUCCAGCCGUUAGACCACCACAACAUCCACAUCGCUGCAGAAAUGCGCAAGCCACAAGCCAGUAAACCAUCCCUGUCCCAUGUCGUCCCUUCUCCACCAGGGUCGCACUACAGGGUAUCCACAACCCCCCACUUACAGCCUUAGUAGAGCAGUUAGCUCAUCACCUGGCCCUGCACCACACCAGCCACCCCGUUAGCACAGACAGUACAACACAUCAAAGCAUAGGACAAAAAAUCACCGUUCCAUCCAUUCCGUCGCAAUGAGACACAAAC